AUGGCUCCGAAACCAAAAAAACCAGAUCUGAAAUCCCAGAAACAAACUCCAAAAACUUCCCCCAAUUGGCCUCCCCUUCGACCCCUCCUCCCCGCCGCCGAUCUAUCCCUGACCCCUCUCCUCACCAACCAAAUCUACCUAAUCCGCAAUUUCCUCCCGGGCACACUAUGCAAGAGCUACGUCUCGUUUCUUGCCUCGCUACCGCUGACCACAACCCCGGGGAAACCAAAGAAGGAUGAAGCAUUGCGAGUCAAUGACCGCUUCCAGAUUGACGAUAGUCGAUUUGCGGAGAUGCUGUGGGGUACGACGGCUUUGAAGGAGCUUGUAACGACCCGGUUUGCAGAGGAAGAAGAUGACGAGGAAGAUCGCACCAGCUUGCCUGCAGAACUUGUAGAGCGAGCGCAUCAACUCUGGGGUGGGGAGCCGCUAGGCUUGAAUCCUAAUAUUCGUAUCUAUCGGUACUCAACGGGGCAGUUCUUCGGGCAGCAUUACGACGAAACAAACAACUUAACUUUCACUCCACCUUCCUCACCUAAAGCUGUACCUGCCCGCACGACAUGGACCCUCCUGGUCUACCUGACCUCAUGCACAGGUGGCGAAACAGUCUUUUACCCGGAACCUACACGUGCGAACCGCAAUCCGGAGCCGAUAGCUGUUGCGCCGGAGGUUGGGAUGGCACUCUUGCAUCGCCAUGGGGAUCAUUGCAUGCUGCAUGAGGGGAUGGAGGUUACCGGUGGGGAGAAGUGGGUUUUGAGGAGUGAUCUAGUAGUCCAGAAGUGA